AUGGCUGCUUCCAGCAAUUGCUCAAUCCUUUUCUUGAUCAUAGCAUUAUUGUCCUUAUCAAGCAUCAGCACAAGUAAUGCUGCUCGAAGUCUAAUGCAACUCCCUAACUUGCCUACAAUCCCCUCAUUACCUCAGCCAACAAUGCCACAGUUGCCUAAAAUUCCAAACAUGCCAACUGCAGCUACAUUGCCACCAUUGCCAACACUUCCAACAACAACACCAUUGCCUUCUUUGCCUACUUUGCCCUCUGUUCCGAAGAUGACUCUGCCUCCAAUGCCUACCAUGAAUCCUAUUCCCAAUAUGCCUUCACUUCCUACCAUUCCUACAAUUCCAACCAUUCCUACGCUUGCAACUCCUCCAUCCAACUGA